AUGCCUGGCCACACCAACAUCAUGAUCCACGAGGUGGGGCAUGUCCUGGGACUCUACCAUGUCUUCAAAGGGGUCAGCGAAAGAGAAUCCUGUGAUGACCCCUGCAGGGAGACGGUGCCAUCCAUGGAAACGGGAGACCUCUGUGCUGACACUCCCCCCACUCCCAAGAGUAAGCUGUGCCGGGACCCAGAGCCCACCAAUGACACCUGUGGCUUCACCCACUUCCCAGGGGCUCCAUUCAGUAACUACAUGAGCUACACAGAUGAUGACUGCACCGACAGCUUCACCCCUAACCAGGUGGCCCGAAUGCAUUGCUAUUUGGACCUUGUCUAUCAGCAAUGGAGUCAAAGCAGGAAGCCCACCCCCAUCCCCAUCCCCCCCAUGGUCAUCGGACAGACCCAUAGGUCCCUCACCAUCCACUGGCUGCCUCCUAUCAGUGGAGUUGUGUAUGACAGGGCCCCUGGCAGCGUGUGUGGCGCCUGCACUGAAGAUGGGAUGUUCCGGCAGUAUGUGCACACAGCUUCCUCCCGGCGGGUGUGCGACUCCUCCGGUUACUGGACCCCAGAGGAGGCUGUGGGGCCUCCUGAUGUGGAUCAGCCCUGUGAGCCGAGCUUGCAGGCCUGGAGUCCUGAGCUCCACCUGUACCAUAUGAACAUGACAGUCCCCUGCCCUGCAGAAGGCUGUAGCCUGGAGUUGCUCUUCCAACACCCGGUCCAAGCGGACACCCUCACCCUGUGGGUCACUUACCUCUCCAUGGACUCCUCCCAGGCACUCUUUGACACGGAGAUCUUGCUUGAAGACAAGAAGUCUGUGCAUCUGGGCCCCUUAGACACUUUCUGUGACACCCCACUCACUAUCAAACUGCAUGUGGAUGGGAAGGUCUCCGGGGUAAAAGUCUAUACCUUUGAUGAGCGGAUGGAGAUUGACGCGGCUCUCCUGACUUCUCAGCCCCACAGUCCCUUGUGUUCUGGCUGCAGGCCUGUGCGGUACCAGGUUCUCCGAGAGCCCCCCUUUGCCAGUGGCUCAUCUAUGGUGGUGACACACCCUCACAGGAAGUUCACAGACAUGGAGGUCACACCUGGGCAGAUGUAUCGGUACCAAGUUCAAGUUGAAGCUGGAACAGAACUGGGGGAAGCUUCACCUCCUCUGAACCACAUCCAUGGAGCUCCUUUUUGUGGAGAUGGGAAAGUGGCAAAGAGCCUGGGGGAAGAGUGUGAUGAUGGAGACCUCCUGAGCGGAGAUGGCUGCUCUAGGACAUGUGAACUAGAGGAAGGCUUCAAAUGCAUCGGGGAGCCAAGCCUUUGCUACAUGUAUGAGGGAGAUGGGAUAUGUGAACCUUUUGAGAAGGAAUCCAGCUUCGUGGACUGUGGCCUUUACACUCCCAAAGGCUACCUGGAUCUGUGGGCCACCCAAGCUUACUCCUCUCAUGAAGACAAGGAGAAGUGUCCCGUUUCCUUGGUAACAGGAGAACCUCAUUCCAGGGUUUGCACACCUUACCAUCCAGAUUUACCCAAGCACCAUCCCUUUACUGGCUGGUUUCCCUGUGUUACCAGAAGAAACAGAACUCAGGAUGAAGAGAGUGAGCAUCCAGAAGGUAGCCUGGAGAAAGAAGAUGAGGUUUGGCUGAAAGUGUGUUUCAGUAGACCAAGGGUGGCCACAGCAAUUCUCAUUUUCUUGACAACUGAUGGCCUGGUCCCUGGGGAGCAUCGGCAGCCAACAGUGACCCUCUACCUGACUGAUAUCAGUGGAAGCAACCACUCUUUUGGAACCUAUGAACUGUCAUGCCAGCAAAACCCACUGAUCAUCAAUGUGACCCAUCACCUGAAUGUCCUCUUCCACCCUACCACCUCAGUGCUGCUGAACUUCUCCUCCCCUCUGGUGGGCAUCUCAGCCGUGGCUCUAAGGACGUCCUCCCACAUCAGUGCUUCUGCUCCUGAUAACUGCAUCUCAGAACAGAAGGGUCAAAAUCAUCAGGGACAGAGCUGCGUCCAUCGGCCCUGUGGGGAGCAGGGCAGCUGUGCGUCAUUGCUGCUCGAUCACGCUGAUGUGGUGAACUGUACCUCUAGUGGCCCAGGUCACAUGAAGUGCGCUCUCACCUGUCAAAGGGGAUUUGCCCUUCAGACCAGCAGCGGGCAGUUCCUCAGGCCCAUACAGAAGGAAAUUCUACUCACAUGUUCUUCUGGACACUGGGACCGAGAUGUGAGCUGCAUGCCUCUUGACUGUGGUGUUCCUGACUCAUCUUUGGUGAACUAUGCAACCUUCUUCUGCUCAGAGGGAACUGGCUUUCUGAAACGCUGCUCCGUCUCUUGUGUCUUACCAGCCAAGCUGCAAGGACUGAGCCCGUGGCUGACCUGUCUGGAAGAUGGGCUCUGGUCUCUCCCUGAAGUCUACUGCAAGCUGGAGUGUGACGCUCCCCCUGUUAUUCCAAAUGCCAACUUGCUCCUGCCUCACUGUCUCCGAGGCCACCACGAUGUGGGUACCGUCUGCAGAUACGAAUGCAAACCAGGAUACUACGUGGCAGAAAGCUCAGAGAGUAAAGUCAGGAACAAGUUCUUGAAGAUACAGUGCCUGGAAGGUGGAUUCUGGGAGCAGGGCAGCUGCAUUCCUGUGGUAUGUGAGUCCCCUUCUCCUGUAUUUGAAGGCAUGUACGAGUGUACCAAUGGCUUCAACCUGGACAGCCAGUGCGUGCUCAACUGUAACAAGGAAAGUGAAAAGCUUCCCAUCCUCUGCACUAAGGAGGGACUGUGGACCCAAGAGUUCAAGUUGUGUGAGAACCUGCAAGGGGAAUGCCCACCACCCCCCUCAGAGCUGAAUUUGGUGGAGUACAAGUGUGAGCAGGGAUACGGGAUUGGUGCCGUGUGUUCCCCGUCGUGUGUAAUCCCCCCCAGUGACCCAGUGAUGCUGCCUGAGAACGUCACUGCCGACACUCUGGAGCACUGGAUGGAGCCUGUCAGAGUCCAGAACAUCGUGUGCACAGGCCGGCGUCAAUGGCACCCAGACCCCGUUCUGGUCCACUGCAUCCAGUCAUGUGAGCCUUUUCAAGCAGACGGCUGGUGUGACACUAUCAACAACCGGGCGUACUGCCACUAUGAUGGGGGGGACUGCUGCUCUUCCACACUCUCCUCUAAGAAGGUCAUUCCAUUUGCUGCUGACUGUGACCUGGAUGAAUGCACCUGCCGAGACCCCAAGGCAGAAGAAAAUCAGUAA